AUGGCGUCUUCGGGUAUUGCUGACGACGACAUUCUGCCAAGUUUUUUGUCGCCGAUUCUUCAAAUGUUGUCACAUAUGCUGAACGGAUACUUGACGGCGUUUUUCGUCGUUACAGGCAUUAUUCUCAACGCCUUCUCGGUCUACAUAUUCCUCCGAUGUGAUAGGUCCGGCACACCAGCGAUUCAAUAUUAUUUGGUCACGCUCACCUUAUGGCAGACCGCUUUGCUAGCCAAUGCCUUCCUACUGUACUCGUUGCCAAAUCUGCUAUUCGGCCAUCUUGUUGCUCAAGGAAGCUAUGUGUACUUGUACCCAUACGUUUACACAUUCGCCAAUACAACUCAUACGGGUUCGGUGUGGAUCGUUCUCACUCUCACCAUUGACCGAUACUUGGCUUUGUGCCAGCCUUUGAAGCAUCGAGCAAUCGGAAAAAAGAGCAGAGUCCGCAGAUUGAUGAUGAUUGUUUCGCUAUUGGCUGUACUUUUCUCUGUUCCCCGAUUCUUCGAGGUGCACGUCAUUCCAAUUUGCGAUGGAGAUUACUGUGUUGCUGCUAUUGAUAGAACUGAAUUAUUCGAAAAUCGCCUCUAUUGGUCUAUUUACCACGUUGUAUUAGCAAUGAUAUUUGUCACACUUUGUCCAUGUCUUCUAUUGUUUGGGCUAACCCUAAGAAUUUCAAUCGCCUUGCGUUCUGCAAUCGCCAAACGGAAAUCGCUAUGCGCACCAAAUGCCGACAUCGAUGCACGAAACAAAAAAUGCUAUUCAUCGAGAAAAGAGCACAAAUCAAAUAUUAUGCUAGUUCUGGUUAUUGCAAAAUUCUUGGUUUCGGAUAUUUUGCCUACAGUGAUUGAUGUUCUUGAGCAUGUUGUUGGACAAUCCGCUUUUAUGAGAUCCCCGCUAGCCUCACUGUUCGUCGACCUCUCCAACUUUCUAAUCGUCUUGAACUGCUCCUCAAACUUUUGGGUGUUCAUUGUCUGGGGAAAACGAUUCCGACGAUCGUGCCGAAAUAUUCUUCUAUCCACUCAUAUCGGAAUGUACGUGUACAAGUUGGCGCGAUGGAACUCGGAAUCGGAAUUGUCAUAUUGUGCGCCCUCAUCUUUCACAACCAUUAAUAACACUACAAAGAUCUAUGGAAGUGACGGAAGAUCGUUCAGAACAACUAGAGUGAAUGCAAAUGAUCUUGCUCCGAGUGAUAACACCUCGCGACGAGGAAUGAAUGAAGAAAAUGAGACAGUCAUAUCGGCAUCGUCUUCCUCUCGACGUACACGAAAAGCCACUGUUAUCAACAUUGAAAUGGACAAGCAGCUCGACAAGAGCUGGGACUACGAGAAAGGCGAACAGCUAAACCAACUCGAGCGCCAGAAGCUUCUCCUCACGCCCACCUAA